CGUCAUUGGGAGCCCAAGCCGAUUUCAACAAAGUAUUCAUAUGCAUCUAAAAGAUACCAAAGCACCACCAAUGCAACAAUAGCAAAAAAGUGGGAUUUAGCUACUCUAUAUGGGAUCAGAACUUCAGGAAUACGACUUUUCCAAUGAACUCCUCCCAGAGUUGAUAGCAGAGUCAGACCAGGAGGAUUUCGACCUUUCAUACUAUGAUCCAUUCUUGGGAAAUCUUUGCGCUACAGGACGAUUUGUGGAUUUGCCAGUAAUUAUCACACCUGAAGGGGAUAGAGGGACAGAUGUCGGCAUCACACUGAUUGCACGAAAGCAAUUAUCAUCAUCAUCAUCAUUUCAACAACAUCCUCAACCUCCUUACCGUAUGAUUAGACCAAGGUCGUCACUGAUGUCAUUUCUCUCACCCAUCUGUCAAGUGGCUACACCUUCCACAACAUCACGAAUGGGGCCUCCUGAUGAGCAAUUCCUGGUCCGUACGAGGGAAAGCGUGGCCAUUCUUGCGCCAAAGAAAGAUGUUCCUACAGAAAUUUAUAGAGUCGAACCCGACUAUAUCAGCAAAAUGGCCCAGAUUUCAACAAGACCUUCUAACUGCACUGACGUGACGAUCCAUGCCGCCAUGUCUCCUUAUACCCCCAAUACAUAUGCUUUCAUGGGCGACAGAGGAAGAAUUGCUUUAUGGACUCCAACCAUCUUAUCUAGUGGCAGGACUUUUGAUGACUUGGACGACUAUAGUAUGGUGUUAUACGACAGUGACGAUGAAGGUGAAUAUAGUACAAUGCUUACAGGAUCGACAGACUCUUCAUCAAAAGUAACCAUCAUUCGUGAUGCGGAUCCAACAUUUUCCUCAGACGCUACUACACAGGAUCAUGACCCUUGGCAGAGUUGUACCUGGGGAGCUCAUCCUUCGCAGCUGAUAACGGCGUCCAGGAAAUCACUUGAUUUGGUUGACUUUAGAGUGGAACGCAAGGCAACCCAGACGUACCUCUUUACACCAAGGAUAGGAGAAACUAUUCGUGCAAUUCAAGAGGAUCAGGCGCUUCAGUUAGCUCCCUUUCAGACCUAUAUCGCUACGUCACACCAAGUUGCGUGUAUUGACCAACGAUAUGCGAAAAGGCCCCUCAUUUCAUGGGCGCACCAAAUGGAUCGUUUUAUGCCAUGUGGAAUAAAAGCUAUGGACCUUGUAUCAGAAGGCAAAAAUUACUGUAAGAUUUUCCUCUCCUUUCUAUGAUUGAUUUGCAUUUGAUCAGUUUGUCGUAAAUCCGUAAAUCUAG